AUGGACUACCAUCAAGCCCAACCUCAGCGGACCGGCAUCAACCUCAACAUCAGCGAAACUGUCGACGCUGCCGUGACACUCAUCAAAGAAGCGGCUGAUGGUGGUGCAGAUGUCGUUACCGUUCCUGAACUGUGGUUUUCCAGGCUAGUUCUACCCCACCGGCAACGACCAGAACAACUGGACAGUCGAGUACCUCCCAAUGUACUGUACAUCAACAACAGCCUCGUCCCCGGCAGUGCGGACUUCAUCCGUCUCAUCGAUAGCGUUAGGAGAAACAAAACUUACGCCAACCUAGCCUUCUCGGAAUUCUCGGCGAACCGUCUCUUCGUGGCCCAAAUGCUCGUCUCCCCAACUGCCUAA